CAAAGUUAUUAACCUUAAAACUUUUUGACGUGAAUAUCCAUAAUCUUUAUAAUCUGUGUGAAUAUCAAUUGUCAAUAAUUGACAACAAGCUGUUUUGUGUUGACAAAAUUAAAUCUUACACUCUAUUAUAGCAAGGUAUAACUGGCAUUUAAUCAUGUUUAGUUUGACGAGGGUUUGCAAUAUAUCGCGAUUUACACCACAAAUAAAAAAUGUUUGCCUAAAUUCAUCGCGGAAUCUACAAAAACUUGCUUUACGACCAAAUUCAAACCCUGUUUGGAAAAGGCAAACAUUGAUAAACAACAUUAAGGUGAAAAACUUGUUUCGAGGAACAGGUACUGUUGCUGUACGAUUAAGUUCGAAUGUUUCACCAAAAGGACAAAAAGCAGUUGGGUAUUGGCUGUUGACAUGCAGCGGAAUGGUUUUUGUUGCUGUUGUUUUAGGGGGAGUUACAAGGCUUACUGAGUCUGGAUUAUCUAUGGUGACAUGGAAAUUACUGGGAGAAAAAAUGCCGCGUACAGAAAAAGAAUGGGAGGACGAAUUUCAUCAGUAUCAGCAAUUUCCAGAGUUUCAAAUCAAAAACAAAGAUAUGACCUUGUCAGAGUUCAAGUUUAUAUGGCACAUGGAAUAUGGUCAUAGGCAGUGGGGUAGGUGUAUAGGAGCAGCGUUUUUAAUACCGGCAGCCUAUUUUUGGGCACGCGGUAGGUUUAAACCUGGAAUGAAGCCAAGAAUAUUGGCGUUUGGAAGUCUAAUUGGAGCCCAGGGUCUUAUGGGUUGGUACAUGGUAAAAUCGGGGUUAGAGGACAGAUUUCACGGCGAAUGCGACGUUCCCAGGGUGUCUCAGUACAGACUGGCCAGCCAUUUGACCAUGGCAUUCGGCCUGUACACAUUAUUUUUGUGGUCCGCUUUGGACCAUUUAAUACCGGCGCAGUCGAUACAAAUAUCCAGUCAAACUGCGUUGAAAGCGUCCAGAAAGUUCAGAAUGCUCGCGCAUACCUGCAAGGGGAUGGUGUUCUUGACGGCUGUAUCAGGAGCCUUUGUGGCCGGUUUGGAUGCCGGUCUGGUGUACAACUCCUUCCCCAAAAUGGCCGACAAAUGGAUUCCGGACGAUAUUUUGGCGUACACGCCGAAAAUUUCGAACUUCACCGAAAAUCCCACCACCGUUCAGUUUGAUCACAGGGUCAUGGGCACCACUACUUUGGCGUUAAUAUCAGCUCUGUGGCUGAUAUCGAGAAGGCGAACUUUACCGCCCAGGGCAUACACUGCUGCCAGCGCAUUCGCCGUAAUGGCGUGGAUGCAGGUUGGACUAGGCAUUACAACACUUCUUACUUACGUCCCCACAGCUAUAGCAGCUUCCCAUCAAAGUGGAUCUUUAGCUUUACUUUCCACAGCUAUUUGGUUGUCGCACGAGUUAAAAAAAUUGCCUAAAUAAGUAUUAUAAGCUGUAAAGUAAUUAAAUAAAUGUAUAAAUGUGUU